UGGUGAAAAUGCUGUUGCUGCUUAUAGCUCAAGACCAGAAAUAUUGUAUGUGUGCUAAAGAAUCAGAAGGAGCUUAUCUUCAUGUUCAUCCAAAUAGACUGCAGUUCUUUGAAUAUGACUCCAUCUCAUUAAACUGCUCGGGGUUUCAUGGCCCAGCAGAAUGGAGAGUGAUCAAAAAGCUUGGCUUAAAUUCUACUCAAUGGGACACAUCAACAAGAACUUUGUACAUUAAACCUGCCUUUAAGUCACACAGUGGAGAAUACUGGUGUGAAAAUGAAGAUGGAGAGAAAAGCAGCACUGUCAACAUCACCAUCACUAGAGGAGAUGUGAUCCUGGAGAUUCCCGCUUUUCCUUUAAUGGAGGGAGACAAUGUCACUUUGGGCUGUAGAAAAAAAGGAAUGCCUUCAAAUCUUCCAGCUGAUUUUUACAAGGACGGUCACUACAUGGAAACUGGAUAUGCAGGAAAAAUAACCAUUCCCCAUGUUUCCAAGUCUAAUGAAGGACUGUACAAUUGCAUCUUUUCUGAAUCUCAAGGGAAAUCACCAGAGAGCUGGAUGGCUGUGACAGCAGCACAUGUUGCUCCCACACCUCAGGAGACAAUACCUCAAGAUGAUCAAGAGACUGAACAGAAGAGCUCUCCAUCCAGGUCCACUGGACUCUCCAUCAUAUUGCCUGCUAUGUUGAUCAUUUUGGCUGUGGAUGUGAUAAUAGUGGCUGGACUACAUUACUGCCAGAAACACACAGUAGCAAGCUCUUACGCUGUCAUGUCAGUAACAGUGUAUAAAAAUGUUCAGGUAACUCAUCUACAAAUGGAUACCUACAACAAUGAGACAAAACAGAAAAAGAAAUGAGGAUUGUGUGUCCAGAGUCAAGAGAGACUGAGAAAUCCAUCAAGACGAGAGGUGCCCAGACACAAGGUUUUUCUACUCUUGAUGAUACACCAGGACAAAUUCAACAGUGUGAGGAAGAGGAGGAGGAAGAAGUGCAGCUCAGAGAUAUAUAGAAGAGCGGAGGUGAAGACACAGACUGCUCUUUCUUGAUGAAGGCUGUUAGAAAAGUUUAAAAUAAUUAGCAAUGGUUAAAUAAAUAAAUUAGCACUGGGCAGUGAAAAGGUAUACAUUUAAAAAGUUAAAGUGUGUAAGCACUCGCACCAAAAUAUCCCUGAAAAUAAACGUCAAGCAUAUUAACUUCAGUUUUAUGUUUCUUCAGUUAAACAUGAAAUAUUUUUGCUUUAUCUAUGUGUUUGUUUCAUAUUGCUGUUUAUAUGCUUUAUAUAUUUUGUGAUAAGUUCAUCUGCUGCAUUACAUCGUAUUUUAUAAGCAUGUUAUACAUCUGUAUCAUGCUCUGUUAGACCCAUUCAGCCAUUUAAGGAUCAGAUAUCUUUUCCAUCUGACCUAAGAAAAUUAUAUGUCAUGAUUUUCUCACCC